AUGGCGGCUGCAUUGGCCGGAGAUGAUCUAUCUCGGACGUCGAGUAGUAAGACAAGCUGGAGGUCACAGAGUAUAAGGGAAGUGUGGCAAGUGCCACCGGAUGUGUUCACAAGGAACAGUACACGGCGGCAAGAGGUGGAUGAUGAGACGGAGCUCAAGUGGGCAGCCAUCGAGCGGCUCCCGACUUACGACCGGAUGAGAAAAGGGAUGCUGCAGCAGGUUAUGAGCAAUGGGAGGAUAGUACAUGCUGAGGUCGAUGUCGCCAAUCUUGGUGCACAGGAUAAGAAGCAGCUAAUGGAGAGCAUUCUUAAAGUUGUUGAGGAUGAUAAUGAGAAAUUCCUUCAGAGGCUGAGAAAUAGGACUGAUAGGGUGGGAAUUGAAAUUCCAAAAAUUGAAGUGAGAUUCCAGAACUUAUCUAUAGAGGGAGAUGCAUAUGUUGGAACGAGGGCACUGCCUACUCUGCUCAACUCAACCCUGAAUACUCUUGAGGCUGCUGUAGGGAUGAUUGGGCUUUCUCCAUCAAAGAAGAGGGUGGUUCAAAUACUUAAGGAUGUGAGUGGAAUUAUAAAACCAUCAAGGAUGACCUUGCUUCUCGGGCCACCAGGCUCAGGCAAAACAACGUUGCUAAAAGCACUAGCAGGAAAACCUGAUGAUGAUAUGAAGGUGACUGGGAAAAUCACCUAUUGUGGCCAUGAAUUUCAUGAAUUUGUUCCGCAAAGAACCUGUGCUUAUAUUAGCCAGCAUGAUCUUCACUAUGGUGAAAUGACAGUUCGUGAGACGUUAGAUUUCUCCGGUAGAUGCCUGGGUGUCGGAACCAGGUACGAAAUGCUGCUAGAAUUGUCGAGACGAGAGAAAGAAGCAGGUAUUAAACCUGAUCCCGAGAUUGAUGCGUUUAUGAAAGCCACAGCUAUGGCAGGACAGGAAACUAGUCUGAUCACCGAUUAUGUGCUCAAGAUUCUUGGAUUGGAUAUUUGUGCUGAUAUUAUGGUGGGAGAUGAUAUGAGAAGGGGAAUUUCAGGUGGACAAAAGAAGCGUGUCACUACCGGGGAAAUGUUGGUAGGACCAGCAAAAGCAUUCUUCAUGGAUGAGAUAUCAACUGGGCUGGAUAGUUCCACAACUUUCCAAAUUGUGAAGUUUAUGAGACAGAUGGUUCAUAUUAAUGAUAUCACUAUGAUCAUCUCUCUCCUACAGCCUGCUCCGGAGACUUUUGAACUAUUUGAUGAUGUUAUCCUACUUUCAGAUGGUGAGAUUGUUUAUCAGGGUCCGCGUGAAGACAUUCUUGAAUUUUUCGAAUACAUGGGAUUUAGAUGUCCACAAAGGAAGGGAGUUGCAGACUUUCUACAAGAAGUGACUUCAAAGAAGGACCAAGAACAGUAUUGGUGCAAAAGGAACCAACCUUAUCGAUAUGUAUCUGUUCCUGAAUUUGCAGAGGCUUUCAAUUCUUCACACAUUGGGCAAGAAAUAGUGCAAGAACUUAGAAUUCCAUAUGAUAAGUCAAGAACCCAUCCGGCUGCCUUGGUGAAAGAGAAAUAUGGUAUCUCAAAUUGGGAACUCUUCAGGGCUUGCUUUGCGAGGGAAUGGCUCCUGAUGAAACGAGCUUCGUUCGUGUACAUCUUCAAGACAACACAGAUAACAAUAAUGGCAACAAUUGCAUUGACAGUUUUCUUGAGAACUGAAAUGAAAGCUGGUCAAAUAGAAACUUCUGCUAAAUUUUGGGGUGCAUUGUUCUUCAGUCUCAUCAAUGUGAUGUUCAAUGGAAUGCAGGAGUUGGCAAUGACAGUUUUCAGGCUUCCUGUGUUUUUUAAACAGAGGGAUUGCUUGUUCUAUCCUGCUUGGGCUUUUGCUUUGCCGAUUUGGGUCCUUCGUAUUCCCAUUUCAGUGAUGGAGUCUACAUUAUGGAUCGUGUUUACGUAUUACACCAUUGGCUUUGCACCUGCUCCUGCGAGGUUUUUCAAACAGUUGUUGGCAUUUAUUGGAAUACAUCAGAUGGCGCUUUCUUUGUUCCGUUUCAUUGCAGCACUUGGUAGAACUCAAGUGGUUGCAAACACACUGGGAACUUUCACCUUGCUGAUGGUGUUUGUACUUGGAGGCUUCGUUGUAGCCAAAGAUGAUAUUCAAGAUUGGAUGAUAUGGGGAUACUAUGUUUCUCCUAUGAUGUAUGGACAAAAUGCCAUUGCCAUCAACGAGUUUCUUUCUGAAAGAUGGAGCGCACCCACAGAAGGACGUGAAAACACAGUUGGAAAGACUCUUCUUCGAGAUAGAGGUUUAUUUACAACGGAGUCAUGGUACUGGAUUUGCAUUUUAGCUCUUUUUGGAUUCUCUCUUCUUUUCAACGUUCUCUUCAUCGCUGCAUUGACAUUCUUAAAUCCUCUGGGGGAUAAUAAAGCUGUCAUAAGAGAGGAUGGAGAAGAAGAAAAUAAGAAUAAAAGGCAAUUGACAUCAAGUGCCGAAGGUGUUCAAAUGGGAGUGAGGAAUCCCCGCGGAAAUGUUGAAACGGAAAACAAUGAAACAAGAAAAGGGAUGGUUCUGCCUUUUGAGCCCCUCUCACUUGCAUUCAACCAUGUGAAUUACUACGUUGAUAUGCCUGCUGAAAUGAAGACUCAAGGGGUUACCGAUGAGAGACUGCAACUGUUACGAGAUGUUAGUGGUGCUUUCAGGCCAGGCGUUCUGACAGCUUUGGUUGGUGUGAGUGGAGCCGGAAAGACCACCUUGAUGGAUGUCUUGGCCGGUAGAAAGACUGGAGGGUAUAUUGAAGGAAGCAUAAGUAUUUCAGGUUUCCCAAAGAACCAAAAAACAUUUGCACGAGUCAGCGGUUACUGUGAACAGAACGAUAUCCAUUCACCUUAUGUCACUGUAUACGAGUCACUCCUUUACUCAGCCUGGCUACGCCUUGCUGCUGAUGUGAAGACAGAAACACGCAAGAUGUUUGUUGAGGAGGUAAUGGAUUUAGUUGAGCUUAAUUCCUUGAGAAAUGCCCUUGUUGGACUUCCAGGAGUGGAUGGUCUUUCAACUGAACAGAGAAAGAGGCUCACUAUUGCUGUAGAAUUAGUUGCCAAUCCUUCCAUUAUCUUUAUGGAUGAGCCCACCUCCGGACUUGAUGCUAGAGCUGCUGCAAUUGUCAUGCGUACAGUGAGAAACACGGUGGAUACAGGACGAACAGUGGUCUGCACGAUCCACCAGCCUAGCAUUGACAUAUUUGAAGCUUUUGACGAGCUACUGUUGAUGAAGAGAGGAGGACAAGUGAUUUAUGCCGGCCCUCUUGGUCGCCAAUCACAUAAGCUUGUCGAAUAUUUCGAGGCUGUACCAGGAGUUCCCAAGAUCAAAGAGGGCUACAAUCCAGCAACUUGGAUGUUAGACGUCAGUUCUAGUGCUGCCGAGGCUCAACUCGACAUUGAUUUUGCAGAAAUUUAUGCCAACUCAGAUCUUUACAGGAGGAACCAGGAUUUAAUAAAGGAACUUAACACUCCAACACCAGGCUCAAAGGAUCUCUACUUCCCUACACAAUACUCCCAACCCUUCUUAAUUCAAUGCAAGGCUUGCUUCUGGAAACAACAUUGGUCAUACUGGAGGAACUCACAAUACAAUGCAAUCAGGUUUUUCACAACAGUUGUCAUAGGAAUUCUAUUCGGCGUUAUAUUUUGGCAGAAGGGAGAUCAAAUAAAUAGACAACAAGACUUGAUCAAUCUGUUGGGAGCUACUUAUGCUGCUGUUCUUUUCUUGGGAGCCACCAACGCUUCAGCAGUUCAAUCCGUAGUAGCAAUUGAGAGAACAGUUUUCUACCGUGAAAGAGCCGCAGGAAUGUACUCAGAGUUGCCCUAUGCGUUUGCUCAGGUGGCUAUAGAGACUAUCUAUGUUGCAAUCCAGACCUUUGCUUACUCUCUACUUCUGUACUCCAUGAUUGGAUUCCACUGGACAGGAGAGAAGUUCUUCUAUUUCUACUACUUCAUAUUCAUGUGCUUUACCUACUUCUCAAUGUACGGUAUGAUGGUUGUCGCAUUGACACCAGGCUUCCAAAUUGCUGCCAUUGUCAUGUCGUUCUUCCUCAGUUUCUGGAACUUGUUCUCUGGUUUCCUCAUUCCCCGUCCACUUAUCCCAAUCUGGUGGAGGUGGUACUACUGGGCUUCUCCUGUUGCCUGGACAAUCUAUGGUAUUUUUGUAUCUCAGAUCGGCGAUCAGACGGGCGAACUUGAACUCACUGGCAACACUGGUAGAGUAAGGAUUAAUGAUUUCCUUAAAGACUACUUGGGUUAUGACCACGACUUCCUUAUACCAAUUGUUUUUGCCCAUGUUGGUUGGGUGCUUCUCUUCUUCUUUGUGUUUGCCUAUGGCAUCAAGUUUCUUAACUUCCAAAGGAGAUAA